AUGUCUAAUGCGAGUGCAUCCAUCGCUGCAGGUCCGAGCAAGGCAAAGCCAUAUGUCUGCCUCACCUGCACGCGUCCCUUUGCCCGCCUCGAGCAUCUCAAGCGCCAUGAACGCUCGCACACAAAGGAGAAGCCUUUUACGUGCGAGCAGGCAGGAGACAUGCAAGGCUGUGGACGCUCUUUUGCACGCAGGGACUUGCUCCUGCGUCACCAGCAAAAGAUUCAC